AAUGGAACUUUUCAUCACUCAAAGAUACUCUUUGUUCCAACUCAGUCACUCAAUUUCAGAUUGUUCCAACUCAGUCACUCAAAGUUUAGUUUUGUUUCAAUUUCAUCACCUGGGCAGAUUUUCACAAAAAGGGGCAGUCAAACAUCACUCCUGGCAUGUUGACCACCAGGUCAAAGGCUGAUGUGGAAAAAAUAAAAAUGUGGCAUUUGUAAAAAAAAAAAAAAUUACCCAAAUAUUUGGCAUACUUCCAGAAGAUGCGAAAAAGACCUAAAACUUUUGUCUUCAAAAAAGACUUUGUUGCUGCAGUCUCUUGGACGCGAUCUGGCUCCAGCUUGACAACAACUGUAUAUCACUAUCACUCUAUUUGUUGUUGAAAUGAAACCUUCUGUUGAAUGUUCUCUUGAUGAUGGGGAUGAUGAUCUCCUUGAUGCAUAUAUGACAUCUUUGGAAAACAAUGUUGGAGGUUCUAUUAUUGGCAGUGGAGAUGGUGGCAGUGGAGAUACUAGUAGUGAUGGGAGUGGGUAUGAGGAUAGUGAUGUCGAUGGGAGUUGUCUCAUAAAGUUCUAAACAAGAGGGAGACAGUAAAAUUAAACCAAAGCAAUCAUGAAGUCUCCUACAAAAGUAGAGUUAGUCAAUGACUAUCUGUAUAAUAAAGUUCAUGACAAGCCCCUUCCACGCACUUGUGCUGUGAAGGAGUGUGAUUUGUAUGGUGAAACUGAAGAGCCAUGGGAGAUAUGGGAUAAGUAUGGUGGUCACGAAUUGGAAGGGAAUGAUAACAACAACAAUGGUGUGCUUUACUUGUUUACCAAAUUAAAGAAAAAAUCUGUUAAUAGCUCAAGAUUCUCGCGAAGGAUUGGCUCCAAUGGUGGUCGAUGGGAAGGCGAAGACUUGGCCGAAAGUAUCUUUAAAGCUGAUACUUGUGUUGGGUAUAGGAGGAGAUUUCGGUACGAGAAUCCCAAUUCGCAGCAACAUGGUCGAUGGAUCAUGCAGCAAUUCAGUCUUGCUGGCAAUGGACAACCUAAUGACUACGUCCUCUGCAUCCUCAAGAAGAAUACAAGAGGAAAGAAGAAAGAGAGAUUCAAACGCAUCGAAUCCCAGCCUUUGAAUAACCAAAAAGAGCAGAGCCAGAGGCUGCCAAUUCAUGGGGGCAAUCCGGUUAUUAUAGUUUCAAUUCCUGCCUCGACACAAGGAUUGUUCUAUUCUGCACAUUCUUUGGACCACAUUGAUAGACCAAAGGAGUUAGCUCAUGAAACUGAUCAAUGCCCUCCAUCAAUGCCCAGCUUCGCAGUACAGAAAUUAUGUCCUAGUGCAGCAGAAGAUGAAUGUGAUCGAGCGGACUACAGUGAUUGGAUAUUGAAGUUUAGUAAAGAGCUUUUGCAGAAUGAAACAGUCUCCAUUAUGCAAGAGAGUGAAAUUGAACUGUUGCCUAAUGAGUUCAAUAACAACAUUAUGGGUUGGGAAAGGUUAUCUUAAUUAAUCUGUUUAAUGAGUGUGUAGAAAAUUUCCAGAAUGGGAUUGUACGUCAUGACUGCAAUGAUCAGUUUUUAUACCAUUAAUUAGUAGGUUUUCACCAUGAGUUGUGUAAUGAAUAGGUUAGGGAAAGUCGACUAAAAUAGUUAAUAUGAUUGAUGAUGGUGAAAUUUGAUGCCCUAAUGUCUUUUAUUACUUGUA